CAUUCGCCAGUCUCGCUGAUUCGUAAACACUGAACUUAGGUCUCCAUCAAAUUUCCUUAGGCCUUAGUUCUUAGCAUUAAGUAUUUUUAUAUUAUUAUUUAUUAUUAUUAUACAAGAGUAUGCUUAAAUUUCGUAAGUUUUAAAUAAUUUUAAGUUAUUCAAACCAUGGCUUUUUCGAGUGAUGAAUUGAAUUUCCUCGUUUACCGAUACCUUCAAGAAUCUGGCUUUCAACAUUCGGCAUAUACGUUUGGUAUUGAAUCGCACAUUUCUCAGUCUAACAUCAAUGGAGCUUUGGUUCCGCCAGCUGCUUUGAUUAGUAUCAUUCAAAAGGGUCUGCACUACACCGAAGCUGAGAUAUGCGUUGGAGAAGACGGAUCAGAACAGCGUUUGACCGAGAGUUUGUCUUUGAUUGACGCAGUUAUGCCGGAAAUUGUAGCCAGUCGACAGAGCCAAAAUCAACAAAAACAAAGUGUGGUCAAGAAUGAUGCACAAGAAACAAAUGGCGAAGAAGGCACAGCAACAGUCACCCCAGCUGUUACUAGCACUGAAACAAUGGAACUAGAUAGCAGUAUUGAAAUACCUGCCGAAAAAUCUACUAUUCUUAAGGGUCAUGAAUCUGAAGUUUUUAUUUGUGCAUGGAAUCCAACCACUGAUUUGCUUGCUUCUGGAUCAGGAGAUAGUACAGCUCGUAUUUGGGAUAUGGCUGACAGUUCGGGUGCUCCGUCUCAACUUAUAUUGAGACAUUGUAUUCAAAAAGGAGGAACAGAAGUACCCAGUAAUAAAGAUGUUACUUCCCUUGAUUGGAAUUGUGAUGGAACAUUAUUAGCUACCGGUUCAUAUGAUGGUUAUGCUCGAAUUUGGAUGACAGAUGGCAGAAUAUCAAGCACUCUUGGUCAACAUAAGGGUCCUAUAUUUGCUUUAAAAUGGAAUAAAAGAGGAAAUUAUAUACUCAGUGCCGGAGUUGAUAAAACUACUAUUAUUUGGGAUGCUGCUUCAGGCCAGUGCAAUCAGCAAUUUGCAUUCCAUACAGCACCAGCAUUGGAUGUAGAUUGGCAAUCAAACAGUAGUUUUGCAUCAUGCAGUACUGAUCAAUGUAUACAUGUUUGUCGUUUAGGUGUUGAUCGACCAGUAAAAUCAUUCCAAGGGCAUACAAAUGAAGUUAAUGCUAUUAAAUGGGAUCCACAAGGAAAUUUAUUAGCAUCUUGUUCAGAUGACAUGACUUUGAAGAUAUGGUCUAUGAAACAAGAUACUUGUGUGCAUGAUUUACAAGCACAUAAUAAAGAAAUAUAUACAAUUAAAUGGAGUCCAACCGGUCCAGGAACAGCAAAUCCUAACAUGAAUCUAAUACUUGCUAGUGCGUCAUUUGAUUCAACUGUACGUUUGUGGGAUGUUGAGCGAGGUGCAUGCAUACAUACAUUGACCAAGCAUACUGAACCUGUCUACAGUGUAGCCUUCUCACCUGAUGGAAAGUUUUUGGCAUCUGGCAGUUUUGACAAAUGUGUUCAUAUAUGGUCAACACAAAGUGGUCAAUUAGUUCAUAGUUAUAAAGGAACAGGUGGUAUUUUUGAAGUUUGCUGGAAUUCUAGGGGUGACAAAGUUGGGGCAAGUGCAUCUGAUGGAAGUGUAUUUGUGUUGGAUCUACGAAAACUCUGAUUCUUCUGACUAAUUUAUUUUUACUUUGAGUUUUCCCUAUUUUGGAUACUGAUUUCCAAUUGUUUACUAAACAAGUAGCAAUGUUCACUCCAGUUUUUAUAAGUUUAUAUCUAUGGUGUAUCAAAGAAAAAACUAUUGAUAUACUGGCUGUAUUAAUGUAAAUUAUAUAAGACAUUUUAUGCGGAUGCACAAUUGGUGAAAAUUGCUUUUCUUUUAACCAUAGACUGUGAAUUUGUGGAUUUAUAUGACUAUUCAAUUAUUGUGAAACCAAUUUUUUAUUGCCCAUUUAUUUUCACCAAAAUAGUGAUUUGUAUAUACGUAUAUAAUUUUGUCAAUAACAACUGACACUCAGCAAGAUGUAUGUAAUAAAAAAAAAAAUUAAUUAAGUAUAAAAUAAUAAUAACCGCAAAAAAAAAAUGACAAUGUGGAGUUGGGUUAAUACUUGUACACAGUAUCAAAUAUACUUAACUUUGUAUACCUUAAAAUAAUUUUCUAUUUUAUUUUAUCUAUGAUUAGGUAUGACUAUGGUAGUAGUUAAUAAAUUAAGCAAAUAUAAUAUUAUUUUUUAUGUUGUAAGAUGUUAUUAUAUUUUAUGCCUAAUGGCAACUUAUAUUACAAAUCUCUUGUUUACUUGUUGCUUUCAGAAAACUUUUUAUGUGAAUGUAUUAGUUCAUAAUUUUUCACCGAAUAUUAAUUGAUAUAAUUUUAAAA